CUUUCCAACCAAAACUAGGCUAUCUAGUUUGACAGUUCUUCUGCGCAAUAUCCUUCACCACGAGAAGUUACCAAGGAAUUAACGUACGACAUUUAUCUCUGAUUAUCCACAACUGACUAACGCGCGUCCAUCUCCUGUAACACACUCUCACUCCCCAAAUCGACGAAUGGCGUCCGCUGCAACCAAACCCUUGUUCCUCCUCCUCAUCCUCAUAUGCACCUCAUCAUCAUCUUCUUCUCCGGCGGUGGCAUCAACGGCGGACCCAACUCCGACACCAUGGCCCCACCAAUUCCACUCAAUCCUGUUGAUGAACUACACCGGAUCACUCCAAAUCAUCGACCUCUGGUACGAUUGGCCCAAAGGUCGCAACUUCAACAUUAUACAGCACCAGCUCGGAGACAUCCUCUACGACCUCGAAUGGAACAAUGGCACCUCCUUCUUCUACACCUUCGGCUCAAACCCUAGCUGUGGAACAGCACAGCUCGAGGUUGGGAUUCUCCCACCCGAUUGGCUCGACGGCGCACAUUAUUUGGGUCAGAGGCAUGUCGAUGGGUUCCUCUGCAAUGUGUGGGAGAAGGCGGACUUCAUAUGGUACUACGAGGACGUCCUCACCAAGAGGCCUGUUCAUUGGCUCUUCUACACAGGGAGGGCUGCUCAUGUCAUGACAUUUGAAGUGGGUGCAAUGCUUGAGGAUGCGAAGUGGCAGGCCCCUGCUUACUGUUUUGAAAAGAAGGAUGAUAGAACUGCCUCAGAAGCCGGCAAUGCCGUUGAUUCUAGUUUUCAGGAAAGUUUAAUGGAUAGAGUUCUCAGAGGUUCAAUGAGGCUCUCAAUGUAAUGGUGUCUGUUUAUGAACCUUCUGACCUUUUUCCAUUAAAAUAAAUUUUAGUUCACUUGCAUUUAAA